UUGGCGUUGAGUGCCUCGCCUGCUGCCGGGCCGCAUCCAUCCAUCUCGCGCGCUGCGGAGGAGAUCUCUGUCGGUGAGUGAGCAGCCAUGAGCGAGGGACCAGAGGGCAUGCACGGGCAGCCCAGGUCUAUCUCGUUUCGCAGGUGUGCGUCGUGAGGUCGGGGCGAGAGAGUAGGGCGGCAGUGGGACCAUUCAGCAGCGAAGUGGAGUGAAGGGCCGCCGACCACUGACCAGGUCAGAUGGAUAAAUCGGAGCAGGAAUGGACCAUUCUGCACAUUGUGUGUAUGUGUGUUGUUCCUCGCAGCUGUGAGGCAAUGGAGUCGGCAGGCAGCACAGCAGAGCCUGGCCAAAGUGGACAAACUCUGCGAAUCCAUCCAUACGUUGUCGACGAUUGACGGACUCGUCUGGUGAUGCCGCCUCCUUUGGCGUGAUGCGAGGCGUUUCAGCCUUCUUCAGCGCCCUUUGGACAGCCAUCUCAUCGUUGAUAUGGCCCGACCUCAUGACCACUCCUCAACUCGUCAAGCGCCUUUCUGGCCACCUCUCCUUCGUCAAGCUGAGUGCCCUCCGUGAGCUGCACCAGCGGAUCGAAAAGGACGCCCAGGCGGCCAUCGACGCCAUCGGUGAUGUGUCGGUGCUCGUUGGUCUUCUCAGCAGCUGUUGCCGUUCCACAGCUACCGAGGCGGCCAAAUGUCUGGCCGCCAUCGCUGCGGCUGCGGCUGACGUCGUCAUUGAUGCCAGACAGAGGGCCGCACCUGCUGACGCCCUCGUUGAGACCGAUGCCAUUGACGCCCUUGUUGAGGCCGAUGCCAUUUCCGGUCUCUUGCAGCAGCUCUCGUGGCCGGAUCUUGCUGUGCGCGUCUACGUGGCGAGCGCCCUCUGCAGCAUCGCAACCUCACGGCGGCAAAGGGUGGUGGUGGGGGUCAGCAUGACCUCUCUGCUCGGCGUCAUGGCCCGAGGACUCAACGGCGGCGAUGCAGCCAUCCAACUCGAGGCCGCCACGGCAGUCCGCGAGCUGUUCGCCAUCGAAGGAGUGCCGCCCAUCCAGGAGGCCGUCGAUGCGGGUGUCAUUCAACCACUCGUGGGGUUGCUCAGUGACUCGGGCCGCCCGACCCUCCAAGGUGACGCGGCGUGUGCACUGGCCAACAUCGCGACGGGCACAUCAGAGCAGACCCAGGCCAUCGUCGAUGCGGGUGGCAUCCCGCCCCUCAUCCAGCUGCUGUCGUCCCCUGAUGGUGACGUGCGCCACCAGGCCGUGUGCGCACUGGGCAACAUCGCAGUCGGUGGGCCAGCCGCUCGUGAUUUGGUGCUGGCAGCGGGCGUCAUGGAGCCGCUGCUCAAGGUGCUUCGCGAGAGCAAGAAGGUGUCGAUGCUGCGCAGCGCCAGCCGGACGCUCGCGAACCUGUGCAGUAGGCAGCCCCCGCCCCCCUUCGAGUUGGUGUCACCAGCGGUGCCGGUGGUCGCAGAGCUCAUCAGGAGGCCUGACCAGGACGCUAAGGUGCUCAGACAGGGGUGCCUCGCGCUGUCGCACUUGACCUAUGAGGGGCCCGAUGAGGCCAUCGAGGCGGUGGUGGGCAGUGGUGUAUGCAGUCGUCUGGUGGAGCUGAUGGGGGGGCAUGACAGCCACACGGUCCGGAGGCAUGCACUAUGCGCUUUCGGAAAGAUCGUGGCGGGUACACAAACACACGGAAGGCUGGAUUGAAGAGACAGAUUUGGAUGGCUUGUUGAUGGCUGUUCUGAUGUUGGUGUGUCUGUGUGUGAGUGCUGUCAGGCAGUGAAGUGCACACACAGGAGAUGGUUGACUGCGGUGCCAUUCCUUCCUUGAAGGCGUUGCUGUCGUCACCAAGGCGGAACGUCCGCAAGGGGGCCUGUUUUGCCAUCUUCAACAUCAUGAGAGGUAGGUCCAUGAAGGCAGGAGGGCACACAAACAACACAUUGCGAACAAUGGCGUGUCUUUGUCUAAUUAGGUAAUCGUGAUCAGGUUCAGGCAGUCAUCGACUCUGGCGUGGUGCCGCAAGUGAUCAUCAUGGCCACAACUGAUGUGCCGAGCGUUCAGAAGGGGGCACUGUCCGUCAUCAUCAACGGAGUGGGACUCGGAUCGCAGGCACAGGUAGACGAGAUCUGAUUCAGCCUACAACAUCCUGCAUUGCUGCUGUGUCCGUCUCGGCGUUGUGGUUCAGGUUGAGUAUUUGGUUGGGUGUGGGUGUGUCGGGCCGCUGUGUGAUCUGUUGGUGGACGGAAUUGAGGUCGCCAUACUCGGUGGGGCACUCGUUGCAAUCCACAACUUCCUAUGGUACCGUUUCUGUCACAACACGACGCAUUUAUGCCGUGACAAUGAAUUGUCCCGUGUUGGGGGUUCUGUUCUAUGCAGCGUGGGUGAGCAGGUGCAGGCGCGCGACGGCCUCCCACACAAUCCCUACUGCGACGUCAUAGAACAGGUGAGUCACACACAGGCGAUAGAAAGAGCUCCCGGAACCAUCUGCUUUGUCGGCCUGUCGUGUGUGCAGGCUGACGGUCAGAACAGAAUUUCGCAGCUCACACACCAUCGCGACGAAAACAUACGGAAUUAUGUCAGUCGGCGUGACGGCAGGGUGUCUCUCUCCUCACACGUGUGAUUUCUGUGCUGUGUUGUGCUGUGCUGUGCUGUGAUGGUUCAGUCGAGCGCCAUUCUCGCCACUCACUGGAACAUCAUGGUCGACAUCGACAGUGACACCGACGCAGGCUCAGAUGGCACCGACAGCACCAACACUAGUAGUGACGAGACGCUAUCGGAGGACAACGUCGAGUGAUGGAGGCUCAGAGCGAUGGAGUAAUAGAGGAAGAGAGGGAAAGAGGGGGAGACGGGAGGGGUCAGGGCUGCCGGUUAGAGAGCGAUGGAGACAGUCCAUGGUUUCCUGCCGUGGGGAGACAGACAGGAGGGACACAUUCAUGGAUUGUUGUACAGAUGGACCUCGUGAAUAGACAGACCGCCAUACGAGCGUCGAAGUAACGACAAGUCUGCUCCAGCCUCAGCUCAAAGAGAUCGAUGAUAUCUCAGCCUCGACUCUUGACAACUAUCUCUCGCUGCUUCCGUUAAGAGUACUACGCGAGUGAGAGGCGUCUUAUCGAUGAACGAUGUGUGUAUGUGCCCGGCCGCGUCUCGAUCGGGUCGAUCGCC